AUGGGUCUUGCGUGCCCAGCCGGGUACGUUUGUACGAACGGAGUGUGCUGCCCUCAGCCGUACAUUCCGACAUGCCCGAACGGUCAGCCAGCCGUGUCGACCUGCUACGGACCUGGUCAAGGCGGAUGCCCAACCGGAUACCAGUGCAUUAACGGAGGAUGCUGCCCCGUGCCAAUUCCAACUUGUCCGAACGGCCAGCCGGCGAUACAGCUAUGUUCCAGUUAUGGCGCGACAUCAUGUCCGCAGGGCUAUCAAUGUAUCAACGGCGGCUGCUGCCCAGUUCCGAUGUGUCCUAGUGGUCAACCAUCGAUACAGUCGUGCGUCGUCUCACAGUCUUGUCCUACAGGCUACUACUGCAGCAGCUCUGGAGGCUGCUGCCCACUACCGCUAUGCAGUAACGGUCAGGUAGCCGUUUCCCCUUGCACAACUUCCAACGAAUGUCCACAGUCCUAUACUUGCUACAAUGGUGGAUGCUGCCCAGUUCCUCUGCCGACCUGUCCUAGUGGCGAGCCUGGCCAAUUCUGUUAUAACAUCAAUGGCCAGAUGGGCUGCUGUUCACUUCCGAUUUGCCCGAACGGUCAGCCAGCUGUUCAGUCUUGUGGAAUUAAUCAGCAGUGCCCAGUCGGCUAUACAUGUCAAGGAUAUGGCUGCUGUCCAGUUCAAAUUCCGACGUGCCCGAAUGGCCAGCCGGCUAUACAACCUUGCACAGACAGCACUAUGUGCCCUACAGGAUAUACGUGUCAAAACGGCGGUUGCUGUCCCAUGCCUUUGUGUCCAAACGGACAACCCGGGGUAAGCACUUGCAGCUACGGUCAGCCAUGUCCAGAAGGUUACACCUGCCAAAAUGGAGUAUGCUGCCAAAUGAUAAUAACGCCAAGUCCGGUGCCUGUGUGUCCCAAUGGACAACCAGCAGUCAGCACUUGCAUCUACGGACAACAGUGUCCUCCAGGAUACAGCUGUUACAACGGAGCUUGUUGUCCCGUUCAAGUGCCUACCUGUCCGAACGGUCAGCCAUCGGUCGGCACUUGCACCUAUGGUCAACAAUGUCCCAGCGGAUAUACGUGCAUAAACGGCGCGUGUUGUCCUUCCCCCGUGCCACCUGCGGUUUGUCCUGAUGGAAGUGUGCCAACACAGACCUGCAUCAGUGGCUCCUACUGUCCUACAGGUUACGUAUGUUUGAGUGGCUACUGUUGCAGACAAGGUGUUCAACCGGUCUGCCCAGUUGCUACAAUUCCGAUCUGCAUAUGCGCUACCAUUGGGCUUGCGUGCCCGCCUCAGAGUACCUGCAACGCCGGCGUUUGCUGUGCAUCAGGUAAUCACUUGUUUCGUUACUUUAAAGGUUUUGCAGCUUCACAUUGUGAUUAG